CUCUCUCUCCCUCUCCUUGUUUAUCUUACUGUCCCCGUCCCCUUGUCCACUAAUCACCAUGUACUCUAGCGAUACACCAUCUCGAAUACAAGUUGCAUAGAUAACCAAAAAAACCCACGACAAACGAACACAAAAACCGCAACGUAGGAAAUAGUUGAUUGUUUUGGUCCAGAGUCAUCAUAAUUCCUCUACAACGGAAUGGAAUUAACAGCUGAGAGCAAAUGAAAAUAAUGACGAGUCAAGAUAUCCAAUGUGAAGGCCUCCAGAAUGACACAGAGUCAAAACGUGAUGCUGCUUCUGUACAGAACCAACCUGAAAAUAUAAAUAGUUGUGAUGGAGAAUGGCAAGAUGCAAGCAAAGAUGAAAAGGAACAGAAUGAGAAGGGUGAUGAGGAUAGUAAAGAAGAGGAGAGAGAAGUUAAAGAAAAAGACAGAGCAAUGGAAGAGUGGUUCAGACAAAAUGAUGUACCAAAAUAUGCAAUACCACAACAGAAAAACCAGAACAAUGACGACUGCCUUGCAGAAGCACAGAUGAUACAGGCUACAGAAGAAGGUGAUAUUCUUGCAGAAGCACUCUUUCACACUGGGAAUGACAUUUAUCUGGUCCUACACAACAAUCUUUCUCCCAUGGAUACUGAUGAACCAGUGAGAGAAUAUGAAUUUAACAAAUACUAUCCAACAGCUUCUGAUAGUCAAGACAAUAUUGUUCCAUCUGAUAAUGUUGGUGAAAUAUCAUCUGCUUCAGUUACGACCAUGACUACCAACUCUAACACUAAUGUUUCAAAUUGCAGAGAAAAUUCUGUAGAAUCAAGUAUUGAUACAUUAUUCACUAAUUUCGAAGGAAAUUUUUCAGAAAAAUCAUUUAUGCCACUUUCAAAGGAUUACACGGUUACUUCUAAUCUAAAAGAAAUUAAACUUCCAGAUAUUAUGAACAAUAAUUCUUUACCUUCAAUCAACACAUCUAAUGUCUCAAUGUUUUUGAGAAGGAAAAAUUCUUUGAUAAAGGAUUUAAAUAUUAAGCCAAUCAUUUCAAAACAAACUCCUUUGGUCACAUUUGAACAGGAUGAUGUUUACAUUCCAGUAAAAGAUGACUGCCAGCAAAAGAUGAGUGAUUUCUCUUCAAGGAGUCAACCUUAUAUUGGUAGCUUUGGUAAUGUUCCUUCAGUAUUAACCAAUAUUGCACAAAGAAAUUGUACAGGCUAUGCUCUAAAUUCAUAUGAUUCUAACAAUAACAUAUUCUUGCCCCAGAGGAGACAAAUGGAUAUAUCCUCAUCAAAAAGAAAUAAGAUCUCUGUAAAUAUUCAAAGACAUUUAAGUACUUUAAGUUUUGGUUCUGUUGUUUCAAUAAAUGAUUCAAAUUGUAAUCCUACAGUAAAUAAAAAGAAAUUUGAAAACCUGAUUUCAAAUCUUAACUUGUCUGGAACCAACCAAUCAAAUUUUAAAACAAGAGUUACGAUAUCAAGAACUGGACAAAAUAAUAUCUCACAAAUGGAAUCGGUGCCUGUUACUACGACAUCACCCACUCUAAAUGUUAAUUCCAGAAAUUUUAUGACCCAUGAAAAGUAUUUACAUGCUAAUUUUUGUCCUCUUUCCAAGGAUUCUCUAAUAAGAACUUCCUUAACAGAUCAUUCAUCUCCACUGAAGCCUUGUGCAGAGAAUUAUUUUUCUUCAAAAAUGGUGAAAAAAAAUUUAACAAUAUCAAAAGCCAACACAUAUAAACUCCCAUUUAUUCACAGAAAAAAACUAAGUUCUGUCAACGAUCAACUAAAGAGAAAUAACUUCUCUGAAUUACCUGGAAAUCUUUCUUUGAGGUUAGUUUCAAACAGUUCAAAUGUAAAUGUUCAGGACUCCGUUUCUAUUUCAGCGACCAGGAACCUCGAAAUAUCUAAAAGAUCAAAUUCUAUUUUGUUUAAAAGGUCAGUCAGAAUGGCGAUGCUACCAUCAAAUGCCAGUGAAAACACUUCCUUAUUUUCAAUUACUCCUUCAGAUGUUGAACCACUAAUUUCUUGUAAGGAAAAUCCUUAUUCACUUCGAACGUUAACUGAAAAUAUUUUUGACGAUCGUUCUACUAAUUUGCUUUGCUUAGAUAACAUUUUACCGGUGAACAGAUCUAAUUUCCCAACGUACCUCCAUCAAACUACAAAUUACUCCUUUGAAGGAAAUCAGAGAUGCUUAAGUGUAAGAUUAGACAUCUUUCAGUCAUUACAGAAAUCAACGAUGCUUUUUCAUAUCAAUCCACGAUGUAGUUAUAAUUUUCCAGAAUAUGGUGGCACUAUAGAUAUAAACCAAAUAUGGAAACAAGUAAAGAUUGAUUUUGACAGGUGUAUAGUUUUAUUCAAAUUAAUAAACAAUAUAGUUGUUAACACAAGAAUUACAAUUUCCUCUGGCAGUCAGGCUUGUAUAACUUAUCCAUCAAGAAAAUCUAUUACAUCACAAUCUAACCAGAAUUUUGAAAGCUCUAACAUUUGUAUUUUUUUGGAGGAAAUGGAACAAAACUGCCAAAAUAUUUUGGCAAAUAUCAAACAACUACUUACAGGUUACAACUCAGAGGUUAUAAUUAGAACAAAUGCAGAAACAAUAACAUUACCUGCUAAUCACGCCUUAGCGUUAAUAGAUAGUGGUGUACAAUCAAUACUAAGGUUCUUGGAAAAUUCUAUCAAAGCGUUACCGGAUGAAAAUUUGAAUUCUCAAAAUGUGAUAAAUACAAAGAAAUUACUUCCAUUUCAAUACAGAAAUUUGUUUCAAUUUCCAGCAGCUCAACAAUCACCACAUCAUUUCCAAUGUUUACCUCAAAUAUUGUUCACUAAAAUUGAUGACAGAUCAUCGGAUAAUAAACUAAUUCCUCAUGUGUCAAGAGACAUCAGUUCACAUGAAAUACAAAGUUCUUUGAUUCCACACAUUCACAAUCAUAACAGACGAACGAAACAGUUUGGAUUAAAAUAUACAAAUGUAAGUAUAAUAUUUUCUUAUGUAGAAACAAGCAUAAAACAUAAAAACAAAAAACUUUUAUUUACUUCAGCUGUGUCAUCAUUUUAUGCAUCUACACUGCAGGAUAUCUGUUUCCCUGAUUGCUCGUGGGAUUGUAACUAUUGGUAAUCAAUCACAUAUUUUGUUUUUAGCCUGAAAAAAGAACAUAGGGAAUUUAGAAAAAAAAAAACAAACUAAUUUUAGUUAUCAAAAAGAUUUCUAAGAUGAAAUUGUUAAGAAUAUUGGAACACUAUUAUCAUCAUCAUCAUCAUCAUCAUCAUCAUCAUCAUCAUCAUCAUCAUCAUCAUCAUCAUCAUGUAAUGUCCAUUGUCCAUGCUGGUAUGAAACAGAUAACUACAAAUAAGCAUAUAAAAAAGGUGUGUAUAUACUUAUAUACACCGCAGAAAUAUAAUUUGGUUUGCACCCCACUUUUCCCUCAACAUAAAAACGUGUGUUGGCAGGAUAUUCCUUAGGCUAGUAGAUAAACACUUCCCACAUUUACAUAGGUACGGAAAUAUAUUCAACAGGCACAACCUUACAGUCGCUUUUAGCUGCCCCCCCCCAAUAUUAAGAGCAUUUUAGUUAGCACCCCUAGACCGGGGGCAGAGGUGGGAUGCUCAUGCAGGGAUGCAGGGACUACAACAGAUGCCCAGUGGGAAGCCAUUGCGAAACCAAGGGAGUCGUCUAUGAAGCUGAGGUACUGGCCAACCCU